UUGGCUGUACUUCUUUCAAGGUAGAUUUGUUCAUUCUCCUGGCAGUCCGUGGUUUAUUCAGUAUUCUUCAUCAACACCGUAGUUCAAAUGCAUCAGUUCUUCUUUGGUCUUUCUUUUUUGUUGUCCAAGUUUCAUAUGCAUAUGAGGUGAUUAGAUCAGGCAUACCUUAGUCCUCAGAGUGACAUCUUUGCUUUUGAACACUUUAAAGAGGUCUUUUGUAGCCGACUUGCCCAGUGCAAUACAUCAUUUGAUUUCUUGACUGCUGCUGCUUUGUGUGUUGUUUGUAGAUUCAUGUAAAAUGAAAUUCUUGACAACUUUAAUAUGAUGGACACUUGAUGUGAAUUUGAUUUCAUGGAAAUUGAGUGGUUUCAGAAGAGAACGUUCAUGUGUAAUGGUCCUCAUGGAGAACUGUUACUGAGGACAGAGCCAUUUGGUGGGAUGUAAUAAAAAAAAAAACAAAACAGAAUGAAUCAAGAUAAAAGCUCUAAAUGCGAAUACUAGGAAAACUUACAACACAUCUCAGUGAAUUUGGAAGUGCACUACCAGUUCCGUGUUUGUGGCUGUUAUCUGACCUGGAGAUCUUGGAAGACCACUGUUUUCUUCUCUACAACUCAAUUGCAAGAAUUAUGUGGCACUAAUUUUUCCUAAUCAGGCUCAUCUCUCACUGUGGCUUGGCAGGCAGAUGUAAGCCUGCAAAAUGGGUCUCCGGAUUCACUUUGUUGUUGACCCACAUGGUUGGUGCUGCAUGAGUUUGAUUGUCUUUGUCUGGUUAUACAAUAUUGUUAUAAUUCCCAAAAUUGUACUCUUUCCUCACUAUGAAGAAGGACAUAUUCCAGGCAUAUUAAUAAUAAUAUUCUAUGGCAUUUCCAUAUUUUGUCUGGUUGCCUUAGUGAGGGCCUCAAUAACUGAUCCAGGAAGACUCCCUGAAAACCCUAAGAUCCCACAUGGAGAAAGGGAGUUCUGGGAACUGUGUAACAAGUGUAAUUUGAUGAGACCAAAGCGUUCCCAUCACUGCAGCCGCUGCGGACACUGUGUUAGGAGAAUGGAUCACCACUGUCCAUGGAUUAACAAUUGUGUUGGUGAAGAUAAUCAUUGGCUUUUUCUGCAGUUGUGUUUCUACACAGAACUUCUUACUUGCUACGCACUGAUGUUUUCUUUCUGCCACUAUUAUUACUUUCUUCCACUAAAAAAGCGUAACUUGGACCUUUUUGUCAUUAGACAUGAAUUGGCCAUAAUGAGACUAGCUGCCUUUAUGGGUAUUACUAUGUUAGUUGGAAUAACUGGACUCUUUUAUACUCAACUAACUGGCAUCAUCACAGAUACCACAUCUAUUGAAAAGAUGUCAAACUGUUGUGAAGAAAUAUCGAGGCCCCGAAAGCCAUGGCAGCAGACCUUCUCAGAAGUUUUUGGCACUCGUUGGAAGAUCCUGUGGUUCAUUCCUUUCAGGCAGAGGCAACCACUGCGAGUUCCCUACCCCUUUGCCAAUCACGUCUAAACAGAUGGAUGGUGGGCACAGAUGGGUCCUCCACGCUGGAAAUGCGUUACAGGUUUUAUGAUAAUAGAACGAUGACAGUCUUCAAGUCAAUUAAAAUCCACCCACCAAUCUUAGGCAUCACAGUGUGCCCCAGGCUUUAUUUUAAUAGUGAUCCUGAUCCCGUUGUGGGACUAAUGUGCGGUCUAUAUUUAAGUUUUAAAGCAUGUUUACUUUCAAAUUAGCUUUCCACAGGGAAAAUGCUUUUAUUGUUAAGCUCAGAAGGCAGCGAUGGGGAUCAAAUAAUUGUACAUAAUUUCAUUUGGUCCUGAUAAUGCUACAGAUUUUCAUUUAUGGGAAAAUUUCAGAUAUUUACUUAAAGUUUUCACUUUUAAGCAGUACUAACCAAAUCCGAAUAUAAUUUUCCAGGUUUUACAAAAGUUGAUACAUCUUCCUACAUUAUGUGUGAAAUUGUCUCUUCUUAUACGACUUAAGAGACUUAACGGUUCUUUUUAUACGUGCUGCGGGAUUUUUAAAAAUGCCACAUAGGAGUGAACACCAAAAAGAAAGGGCCGUGUUUUCUUCUAAGUCGCUUUCUAAUGUUUUCUCCUUUUCCCCUUCACCAAAACCAAAAUAAAAACACCACUAAAAUAAAACACCGCCUACCUUAUUUUAAAGAAAAGAUGAAAAUAUUUUUCAGUAUUCACUUUCCCAUUUCCUUCCCUUUAACUGUUCUUACUGAUUGUUGUUAAAAUGUUUGCUCCCAGGAGAAAUUUGUGACCAGUGGACAUGCAUUCCUGUUUGACCCUAGGAUUUUGAUGGGCAAAGAGGGUACAGAAUUUGCAAUAAUUCCACAUACAACUUUUCUAGGGCAGUCAUAUUAGAAUGCAUAUGUUUUUAAAAUGCUGGUAUGACUAGAUAAUAUAUAAUGUACAGUAUAAAGAGAAAUCUUGUGCUUUUGAAAAAUAUAUAUAUGUACAUUUUACUUUUAUUUACCUAUUAGUAGAUCUAAAGUUAACAUGUUGAAGGUUUAUAUAUAAUAUUGGCCAACUAAUAAUGAAAUUUUUUUUUUAUAGAAAAGUGCUGUUAAAAGUAAGUAAACUUUUGUGUACCUAUAAUUACCGAAAUUGAAAUUAAAUUUUAAUUGGCCAACUAUAAUUUGGGUUGAGAGAGCUUUUAUUAGUAGCUAAUGUUAGGAAAUGCCCUUAAAAUAAGAAAAUAUAAUGAUCUGUAUUCAUCGUUAGCCUUACACAGUUUUAAGUUGCUGAUAGUGGUGGCCUCUUGGAAGGCAUAGAACAUUUGUGUGAAAAGAUACGUAGCAUGCUGUGAAAAAAAAAAGUCAGCUUUGUAUAUGUUUUUUCCAUUAGAAUACUGCAAAAUCCAUAUAUCUUUUAUUAUAUAUGUACACAUACAGUAUUUCACUUGAAAAGAAGAUUAAAGGAGGUUACUGUUCUUGGAGCAUAUUAAUAUUUUACUUCCAGUUAAUUUUUAUUGUAAGGAAUCACACAUGGGAAAUCCUGACAGGAGGUUACUUUUGUCAGACAGUUAACUAUACUGUGAUUAGUUCUUUUAGAAAUUGUAAAUAUCUUCUAAAAUGUUCUUAAAUAAUACCAUAAGCUCUUCUCAGAAAUAUUAGCCUUCAUGUUUUUAGUGUUGUGACUGUAACGCUUUAUUACCAAAAACUUAAAAGUGACAGAUGAAAAGUAUUUAUUGGUGCUGAUAAGAUGCAUAGUAAAUUUAAUAUAAGAAAUAUAUUUAUAAAGCUUAAUUUCACACAAAAUAAGUAUGUUUGUGUCAGGCAAAUGGGUUGAGUUUUGUGCAGACUAACAUAUUGACCAAAUUUGGCCUGGUGACAGAAUAGUUGAGAGGAAGUAAUAUAGAGAGAAUGUAGAUAAAACCAAAAAAAAAAAAAAAAACCCAGCGCCGUCGAGUCGCUUCCAUGCAGACUAACAUAUUGACCAAAUUUGGCCUGGUGACAGAAUAGUUGAGAGGAAGUAAUAUAUAGAGAAUGUAGAUAGCUAUUAGUUUAAUCCCUUAUGUUGUAUACAUUCUUUUUAAAUGAAGACCUUGAAGAAAGAGCAGCACCAAGUGAAGACUCCCUAAAUUGCUGUAUGGGGGUAUUUUUACUUUAUGUAGUAAUAGAAGCCACCUUGAAAUGUACCGGGAGGUGCUUGUGCCAGCCUGUGCCUCAGUAAUGAGAAUGGGAGGUGGACCCUCUCCCACACUGAGGGUUUGUGUGUGUGCUUUUAUCCUCCUUAGGUUUACCACCUCUAGGGCAUAUUCUCUUCUCUCUUUUUUUUCUUUUCCUUUCCUGGCCCUGACUCCUGCUGCCUGGUUCCUCUAAAUUUGUGGACUACAACCUGAUGGACCAGGCAGGCGAGAUGUAGUUUAUUUUGUUUGAAUGGCAGAAAUGCUAGGUAUCAAUAUAUUUGUAUAAGAGUCUACAUUAAAGUAUGUCUAUAAAUACUUACAUGGUAACUUUCACUGUUCCCUAGUUAGCACACCUAACCCUAAUGUGGGGAUUGUAAUUCUUGUUAGACUAUAUAUAAAAAAAAUUUUUUUUUUAAUACAGGGAAAAUAAUAAUAGAGGGAAACCAACUGGCAGUUUCCUAGGGAGCGCGUGAACUCUGAUGUUCUCUCUGUGCCCCCUUUUGGCUAAUUGAUGUAAUUACACUGGUUCGAAAGAUUGACUGCCCCGUACGUGAACUGUGUAGCCGAAAUCUGAGUUAGCAGCAUUAUAUGUACAACAGUGUAAAGUUUUAUGAAAAUGGAUGUGUUCCUAUGUAUGACCUAUUUUUAGUUCAUAAGCAUGUGAUGUCUAUUUCGCUUCAUUUGUGAAUAUUCUGUUUUUUACUAGCAGUCCCAAAAUUAGACCAGGGGUAAACUAAUGGAAACUAUUCCAUUGAUUUUAUUGUAGACAUUAUUUUGGGGAAUUAAUUCCUUAGAAUUAAAAAAGCCUUUAUUUUAAAAUUACCAAUUUAUUACAAAACACAGAAGUUUAUUGUAGCUACGCUGAUAAGCAGGUAUCUACUGUGUUUUAUUGAGUAGCUAAAAAUAUGUUUACUUUUUUUUUUAACCUCAGUUUUGGAAUUAUUUUUUCGUUACUGGCCCUGUUGCCUUAAAAUAACUAGUGAGACUAGUGAUUCCUUUGGUGCUUUCUCCUUUUUUAAUUUUACCAGAGUUAUACCUGUAGCUUUAUUUAUUAGCCAGUUUAAUAUAUAUUCUGGAUCACCAUGAAAAUAACUGAAGGUGUUGAGCAUCAGAAAGUGAUUAUGAGCAAUGAGAUUACUGAUGUAAUCUCUAUGUUGGACUAAAGUAUUUUUUAUAAACCAUUUCAUUUUAAGCAAAAUGUAUAUUAAAAGAUGUUUUACAUUAGCGAAGCCAUUUAUUGGAACUCUGGAAAAGAAAGGUUUUUCUCUAGGUAUUGCAAGUUACACCUACUGAACAGUUAAUAUUUUCUCUUGUUCUUCUCUGCAAACAAAAAUGUCAUUGGGCUCAAUAUGGGCUCAAAAUUGUUGACAAAACAGAGUUCAGAAUCGCCCAAACAGUAGACAUUUGUUAAGGAGCUCCUCGUACUUUGUAACCCAGACUUAGUUUAAAAAUACUAAGUGAUCUGAUGUUCCAUUAUAAGAAAAUUGCUAUUUGCCUUAAGAGUUGUACUAAAAAUAUUUUGGGUUAACCUAAGAGGUACUUAAAAUUGUAGUUACAUAUUAACCUUUUUUUAAUAGAAGAAAGCAUAGUUUACUUUUAAUAGUAAUGGAAGUAGGAAACAUAAGCACACAUAAAGUUCAGUAUGACAACCUUGUUAAAAUUUCUGUUAAGAGUUAAGAUCAGCACAUUUUUGCUAAUGUUUAGGUGUAUUUUUUUUUGCUAAGGACGGUGGCUAGUCAUAAGUAUUCUUUUUCGGACAUUAUCAAGUCACUUCUACACAAGUUACUAGUUGCUAAAAAGAUGUUUUAUCCAAAGUGUAUUUAGUUGUGAUGCUAGCCAUGAAGACUUAAGGUAGAACAACACCUGCAAUCAGGAAGUAUGGGAAACUAGGUCACAGACACACGUUUUUCUGUGUGUUAGUCAUGGGACACUUGGCAUGUUCGCACAUGUAUUGCUGUAAAAUCUCGGUGUGUCAGGCCCUGGUUUACAGUGGCAUUAAUACUAACAGAGCUGCUCUUCACUCCCUGGCUCGUUCCCUUGUGCUUCAUGCCUAAAUAGAUGACCUGGCUCAAGUUGACUAAACUGUAGCUAAAAGUUUUUGAUACCUCUUAUAUAUAUUUUUUUUUAUGUAUGUAUUCAUAUUUAGAAUUUAUUUGGUAUAGUUUUCCCUUACAAGCUUUAAGCAGUAAACUAAUGGGUACAAGUAUUAGAUUUUUACCCAGCUCUGCUAUUAUUGCUCUGAAAAAUAUAUUAACAAGUUGGCAAAUGUAGUUAAAAGUGGUCAUGUACGUUUAGUAUGUUCUACCUGCUGGUGUUAGAAACAUAUAGUUAACUAAUGAAUAACUACAUUAUCCCAUGUUUAUCUUCCAUUCUAGGGAUCAUCCUCUGAAGAUCUGUAAAUUACAAAUUUUAUUAUGCUCUGCUUUUAGCCGUUCUCAGUUGAAUUCUAGAAUACAGUAGAAUGUGAGAAAUAGAACCAACUUGAUUGAAGUAUUUAGAAUGAAUGUUGUUAUUCUAUAUCAGUCAGUAUUUGGCAUUUCUUCUACCUUUGGGAUAAUGAUGGCUUAACUUUGGGAAGGUCCCCAUUUUCUUGGACUUCUCCUUUUAUUCUCAUCGUGCAAUAUUUAAAAACCAAAAUCUACAUUUUUGUUUCCUCUUCAGAUGUUGCAGUACUGCCUGUUAGUGCUAGUUUGAUAUAGAAAUAACAAUAGUACUUAAAAUUCUUAAGUUGUUGGAAUUUAACAAUCUUUUCCAUUAUAUCUUUUACCAUCAUAAUGUUCUUUCUCUUGUCUCAUCAUAGAGGACAGGUACAAAUGACUAAUGAAUAGCUAAAAAGUUAGGCGAAGAAAGUUGGGAAACUUUAUUAAGAUGGAGAGAGGCCUUCUGGAGCACAAAUUAUCAGCAUCUCAGUGACAGAGUUGACUGGGUAUAGUUUCUGUGACAUCAAACAAUCCCCCUAUAAUCAUUUUAGCCUUGUUUCCCUGGUGGCGUAAUGGUUAAGAGCUGCUAUCCACCAGGUGCCCCCUGGAACUCUGCGGGGUAGUUCUACUCUGUCCUGUAGGGUCCCUGUGAGUUGGAAUCUACUGAGUGGCAAUGGGUUUGGGGUUUUUUUUUUUUUUUUUUGAUGGCAUUUUACUGGAGUAGUUGUUAAUGCGCUUAAGUGUUUGGUUUAAGGUGUUCUGUCUAAGGGAUUUGUAUUGCUGUUUUUCUUAAGCUGGUCAGAUGCCUUUAAGAAAUUAUUCUGAAUUUUGAAUAUCGUAAUUGUGUAGUGUAUGUUAAUGGGGAAUUUAAAGAAUAAUACGAAAUGUGCAAGCUGUUUAAUGCAAAGGAGAAAUGAAUAGUUUGCCCAAAGUUUGAUUGAAAAAACUAGGACUUUUUCUGGGAGUCUCCUUUUGCAAAGAAAGGAUAAGAAGUAUUAGAGUUUUGUCACCAGAGUAAAAAUCAGGUGGUUUAUAUAUAAAGAGUGAUUUUCACUUUAUAGUUUGGGAUGUGUUAGAGUUCUUGAUAUCUUGAAGGUCCUCUUUCCUGUUGGUGUCUUAAAUACCUGUAACAUGUAAUGUAAUGCUUACCACAGUUGUUCAACACUCUGAUCUUUUUGGUAUUGAUAGCUUUAUAUUUAAACAAAGAUAGGAACAAAACAGCAACAUAAAGUGUGUUUCAUCUGGUGGCUUUGCUUACCUGUUUGAGCACAGGGUUUAUUUGUUUACAGGCUGUUAACUAAAGGGCAAGCUUGUCUGCAUAUUGCAAGCUGUGUAUUCUUGGCUGCGUGCAUUGGGUGACAGGUUAACGUAACGGUAACUGAAGUUAGUGUUUUACCACCUCAACAACUAAAAUAGAUCCUGGUGCUGCUCACUUUAGCGUCGAGUGACAUUUUAAAUUCCUGUACCAAAGAUUUAAUUUCUUUUUGGUUGGUCAAGAUUUUCUUCUCACAUUGUUGUGUUUAUAAAAUAGAAUUUAAUGUUACUACAAACAGUUCUGAUUAACAGGUCUUAGUUUUUGCAAACUUCUGCCUCAAUUUAAUUGGUUUUAAGUGUCUGUUUGGAUUUUUUUUUUAAGUUAGGCAGAUUAAAUUUGAUUAUUUUAAUAUAGCAUGGCUAUUUUAAAAACUAGUUUAAUAGGCUAAAGUUAACAAAACUUCUAUUGAAGCUACAAUUGAAGCACUUUUCACAAGAUCGAUUUGUUCUUUCUCUACAUAAGGAUUCUAUGUUUAUUUCUAUAGGCAAACUGUAUAGCUUGAGCCCUUUUAAUGAAUGCUGAAACAUCCAUUCUGACUACUAAUGAAGAAUUCUGCAUCUCUGUGUGUGUAAUCCUUGGUAGCAUUUAAGAAUUACAUUGCCGUUUGGUAAAGAUAAAAUGAAAGUACUUUAUGUAUAUAUUUUAUCUUUAUCUUUUUUUGGAAUAUAUGUGAGAAUAUAUAUAUCUUUCUUGUGUUAAUGUGCACGAACUAAGUGUUCUUUGAUACAUUAGCAUACACUUUCCCGAGAGGAAAUGCAGAUGUACUUUGGUUUAAGCAGAUCUGCUAAUAGAAAUUAGAACUUUACAAAAAAAAAAAAAAGUGCAUGUUUUUACUCACUUUACAUGAAAAGUCAGAGUAAGAUUAUUUCAAAAGCAAAUUUUGCCUAGUGGUUCAUUUUAUAAAAAUAGGGUGGGGGGGCUCUUUAGAAGUACUUGUAAUUGUCCAUACGUAAUACUACUGUGUGUACUGUCCUGGUUCUCUAUUCCCCCCACCCCUCAAACUCUCAAAACACUCAUUGGAUGUCCUUAAACCUGCAGCUGAAGUGGUUGGUCGUUCAGGCAAGAAGGUAACCAUAUGCAUAUAUUGCAAAAGUAGACAAUCACAUUUGAGGAUGUUUUACAUUGUUUUCAGUCAGCUAAAAACCUCUUCUUCAGUGUAGAUAGAAUAUAUAUGGUUUUGCAAUGAAUUCUGAAUGGAAAAAAAUCAAGUCUGAAAGGUAUGUGGAAUGUAACUUAGGAUCACAUGAACGAUAUAUAGAAAUCCAUAUGUACGUGUCAUUCGUGGUGAGAGCAGAGUUUGAAAGCAAAAUGGGGUAAAACAACAUUAUGUCUUUCUUGCUGAUCUGUUGACAGUAUUUCCUAGAUCAUGUUGCCAUAUCAAGUCUGGGUUAUUCAGCUUGUUUAUGUAUUUAAGUUAAUGCAGCUGAAUGCAGUUAUUUGUUCCAGUUUUGGGUAGUAGAGAAUUCACCAUUAUAGCCUGUACGCUGAGAUGAGUAUUAAAAUGAAAAGAAUGUACUUUAGCAUCGGUAGAAGAAAGCAACUCAGGGAUACUAUAGGACCGAUUUCCACCACAAUCAGAGACAUUACAACAAGUGAGCUGCGCAUGUAACCUGGGAGGAACAAGGACAGGCCGUUGGGAGGACUGAGCACAGAGAACCUGCGGUAUGAGCUUGCUUUAUGUACUUGAAUUAAUCUUUUUUUUUUUUUUUUUUAAUCUGGCAAAUUUUAAUGAUUGGGCAAAAUCUGUGUCAACCCCAAAUUAUGUCUAGCAUUAUAUCAUUAAAAUAAAAGAUGUUCUUUUGAUAGUGGUAUGAGCUAAGUGCCAUAUGAAGACUCUGUUUUUCAUACGGCAUUGGGCGCUUGUCAGGCAUUUUGCAUUCAAUGCGUAAUAUGUUUAAAUCGGAGUGCUGUUUUGCUUCGCUGUCCACUGUUUUACCUGUUUGUUCCUGUAAGAGUAUUUUAAGAAAGUCUUCACUAAUAUUUCUAGUCUAAUGGUAAUAAGGGAAAAACAAUAGUUGAAAGAUAUAAAUGUAGAUUGAGAAGAGGGAGAAAAAUGGGUGAAAGAACAAGUGGGAACAAUGUGUCUGAGGUAUACUUGUUUAAAUGGAAAGUCUACACUGGCAUAAAAUGGAAAAAAAAUAACCCUAUGGACAGUUUAAUUUUUUUUUUAAUUUACUUGAAUGAUUUGGGUUUAUUUGUGUAAUAUUUGUUUUCUUUGCAUAUUGUUUUAAUUUAAAUUGUCCAGUUUUUACUUCUCUUGAAAUGUAUUAUGUACUGUAUUUUUAGAAAUCAUAUUUUUAAAUAAAUAUUUUUUAAAAACAUAGUCCUGUUUUUCCCCCUUAACUCCUUAUGAAAGUCAACCCAAAUUGUGGGUUUCAGCACUGCGUAAUUGUCUUAGAGAUGACUGAGAUGGCUAGAUUCAGUCACCCAGUUUAUUUAACAAAUAUUGCUUCAGACACUAUUUUAUGGAAAUGUGUUUUCUUUGAGGACUAAUUUACGUACAGUAAAAUGAGGAGACUUUAAGUAUACAUGUAGGCACCAUUUUAGAUUUAGACAUACUGACAGUUACGUUCUAAGAGCGUCUGCAUAGCUUUUUGUUGACAGAUUUCUUAAGCAUUGACUAAACUGCUUUACCUGUACAUGCAAGUAGUCGCAAAGGAGAAGUUUGUUAGUUUGAAUUGAUCAAAAAUAUCAUCAGUUUUGAAAAGAUAAAUCAGAUUUUCGAAACAGUAAAGGAGUAGAAACUGCCUUACAAUUGAAAGAUGGGCUUACUGUAUUUUUUGAAUUCUUUCUUAAAUUUUAAUUAGCAGAAAAGUAAUUUUGAUAAAUAUUCUGGAUUCACAGAUAAAUGAAACGGUGAAAUUGUAGGUAAACUAUAAAUCUGACACCUUAGGUAAAUCAAAACAAAUCUGUUGCAUCCUGUCAAACUUUCAAGGACUGCAAGAUUUUAAUCUUGUUCCACUUUCAGUUUCCGUUGCCCUGAUCCUAAACAGUAUUUACAAUAGUUGUGCUUUCUUAAUGAUGAUAAAUCACUGUUUGGUUCUCAAACUUUUUGGUCUCAGGACUCCUUUACAUUCAUAAAAACUAUUGUGGGCCCCAAAAAGGCUUUACUUACGUAGGAUUACCAAUAUUUCCUGUAUUCAAAAUGAAAACAAAAAAUUUAAAUGCUUAUUAAUUCAUUUAAACAUAUAAACCCAUUACAUGUGUACAUGUUAACAUAAAUAAUGUACCUUUAUUUUAAAAAAACAAACUAUUUCCCAAAACAAAAAAGAAUUGGUGAGAGUCAUGAUUUAUGUUUUUUUGCAAGGCUCUUGAAUACUUGGCUUCUUAGAAGAAAAUUGGAUUCUCACACAGUUUCUGACUUAGUCAAUUGGUUUGUGUUAUUUUGAUUGAAGUAUAUGAGGAGUCCUGGUGGCUGAGCGCUUAAGAGCUCUGCUGCUAACCAGAAGGUCGGCAGUUCAAAUCCAUCAGCUAGUCCUGGGAAACCCUAUGGGGCAGUUCUACCCUGUCAUACAGGGUCGCUAUAGAGUCGGAAUCAACAGCAAUGGGUUUGGUUUGGUCUUAGAUAGGGUUCUGGUCUCCUGCUGAUGUGUAGUUAAAGAAGGGGAGCGUUUUAGUAGUCUUUUCAGAUAACUGUGGAUAUUUUUCUUUGAUACUACACGGAAACAAGUGAUAGUUUCUUGAAGUUUAUUUGCAGUGUGGAAUCUGAAACAGUAUCACGGGACUCAUACUCUUCUAUUAAAAUCAAUUGGUUUCUUUUGCACCUUGAAAAGUUCUCUUACCAAUGUGUGAUUUUGUUAUGUCAUGUAUUGGUCAUUUGGAAAAUGUUGGUGUUAUGCAGAUGUUCCAGUGUUGACACAUCUCAUUUUCCAAUAUAGAAAAUAAUACUGUUACUGAUCAUGUCAGAAAAAUAAGUAUUGGAAAUCUGUUAAGCUUAUAAUGGCAGAUAUGUAUUUUUCAAAAUUCUUAUUUUCACUUGACAGCCUGAAUUUUAUCAUUGGCAACCAGGUACUGUCUAGUAGUUCUUCUUGAAGAGAACGGUUCACUUCAUUUUGGAGAAGAUGUCUGCCAUGUACCCAACGUCUGAAAAACUAUAGCUUGUCAGUUAUUUUUUCAAGUUAAAAACGGUGUUCUAUAAAAAAAGGUGGCUAGUUCAGCUUGCAACUCAAGUAGCCACACUAAUGCUUUCCCUCAAGGAUAAGCCAUAAUACUUUGGAGGGCAGUUGUGCUUUAUGUUUACUUCCCAUUUUGUUAAACAGCAUUAAAAGUGUAUUCAAGGAUCAAGAUUUAAUAAAAUUUAUUAAUUAUUACUGCUUCAUUAAGAACAUUAUUAAGUGAAAAUAGACUUGUUGCUCUCCUUUUCAACCUGAAGUUUGAUUGAAUUUAGUUAAUUUGAUUUUUGAAGGGAGGAAACAAUAGGGGAAGAACAGACCUGAGUGCAUUUGAAACUUGAUUUCAUUUACUCUAUUUGAUAAGUGAAAAGAAAGAUCAGCUGCUUAAAGAGAGUAUCUGUAUGUUCCUGAUACUAAACACUUAAAAUACAGCUUUCUUCCAGGUUCACAACUGUUUAGCCUUGUUCUGAAGAAGCAAAAACUAAAAAUACAUGAUAGUGUUACAGGACUGCAAAAUCAUUUGAGAAGCUGCCAGAUACUGUAGAUGAAUAAAUGCAUCCAAAGACUGCUUUUGGCUGACCAAUUAUCCAUAUGAGCGGCAAUUAUAUUAGUGUGCAAGGGCAAUUGGAGGGAAAAUUGGACCCCGUGGACAUCCAGCUGAGCAAACAGGACUGAGGAAGGAUGGAGGAUGUGUGCUAGUUUGGAAAAAAAAAUACAUCUAAGCUUAGUUAAAAAAAAAAUAUUCGUAUUAGUGACAGCACAUUCUUUGUAUGUCUUCUGGUUGCCUAGUAUUUUUCAAAUUAUCCCUCUUCUCCAAACAAAAACUCCUCUGCUUAAAGAACAAACAUCCAAAUGGCAAUGAGUUUUACAUGUAAAAAAGCCAGAAUAGUUCAGGAAAUAGGGAAUUUUGAAAUAGACAAAUCCAAACAUUCAGAAGCUACUGUAUAUAUGCACCUAAGUGUGCCUUUAGUUUUAAGUUCAAUUUUGGCUUGGCAUGGAUGAUAUUUAUCCAUCUUACUAACUGAAAUCAACUAUUUUUCUGCCUUAAAGUGUUCCGUAGAUAAAACUUGUGAAGAUGCUUAGUUGAGGGCCUAGCAUGUGUAUAGGUUUUAUAGUUCCGCAUGGAAACUAAACGUGAGUAAUCCUUGAUGAAUGUAAGUUAUGACCAUCAGGUUAAUGAAAUGUGUUCUGUAAAGUGUGUAAGAUGUGUAGCUAACUAUAGGCCAGAUACCCUUACUCCAUUGAACAGAUUCAUGUUUAAAUGGCAACCAGAAGUAAACGAUAUCAAAGAAUUUUUGGUGGUCUGCACUUCUUACAACUUUGUGUCUGACUUAACCAUCUCUUGAAUGUUCAGAAGCAUUUCAAAUAUUAUUUCUCAAUCUGUAGGAAAUAACCAAUCCAUCUGAUUACUGUUCUGAGGUGCUUUAAUUUUUACUGUUCAUUUUCUGUUUGCAUAUUUUGUAUUUGAAAGUCUUUGUAAUUUUUUUGGUAAUUUUCAGAUUAUUUAUUGCUAGUAUAAAGAAAUAAAGAUGAUAUUUAUAUGUAGAUCUUUCGUCUUGUGACCUUGCUAAACUUGUUUUUUAGUUUUAGUAGAUAUGUGUGUGUUCCUUUGAUUUUCUGCAUACAAGAUCAUGACAUCUGCAAACACAGUUUUACUUCGUCAAGUCUAUAUUCCCUCCCUCCCUCCAUCCCUCUGUCCCUCUGCCCCUCCCUCCUUCCCUCCUUCCCUCCGCCCCUCCCUCCUUCUGUCCUUCCUUCCUUCUUCCCUUCUUGCCUUCCUCCCUCAUGCUCCCGUCCUCCUUCCCUCCGUCCUAUCUUUCCUUCCUUCCUUGUGCUGGCUAGUACUGCUAGCAUGAUGUUGAAUGGAACUGCUAGCAUGAUGUUGAAUAGAAGUGGAGAACAGACAUGCUUGCCUUGUUCUUGACACUGAAGGAGAAACAUUCAGUCUUCAACAAGUAUGAUGCUAGCUGUAGGUUUUUCAUAGAUCCCUUGGUCAGGUUCAGGAUAUUCUGUUCCUAGUUUGAUGACAAUUUUUAUCAUGAAUGGGUGUUGAAUUUUUUAAAACACUUUUCUGCAUCUAAUGAGAUGAUUGUGAGCUUUGUAUCCUUUAUUUUAUUAAUAUGGCAUUUUACAUUCAUUGCUAUCUAGAUGUUAUACUAACCGUGUAUCCCUGGAAAAAAAUUCUUCCGGGUUGUAGUGCAUUAUUAGGUUUAUAUACAUCUGGGAUUCGAUUUACAAACAUUUUAAGGAUCCUUGUGAGUAUGAUCGUAAAAGAUACUGGUCUGUAGUUUCCGUAUAAUGUCUUUGUUUGGCUUUUGUGUUUGAGUAGGACUGCCUUAAUAUAAUGAGUUGGAAAGUGAUCCUUUCCCAUUUUCUGAAAGAGUUUUGAAAAAUUGAUAUUAUUUCUUCCUUAAAUAUUUUAUUUCACCAAUGAUACUAUGUGGACUUUGGCUUUUAUUUUUUUGCUGGAAGAUUUUGUAUUACUAAGUCAAUGUCAUUACUUGCUAGAGGCCUAGUCAGAUAUUUCUAUUUCUUCAGUCUGUUUUGGGAAUUUAUGUCUUUCCAGGAAUUUGUCCCUUUCAUCCAAGAUGUCUAAUUUGUUGGUAUAAAAUUACAGUGUUCUCUUGGGAUCCUUUAAAUUUCUUCAGGUCAGUAGUGCUGUCCCGUUUCAUUUCUAAUUUUGGUAACCGUUCUUCUUCCUUUUCUGGGUUAGUCUAGCUAAAAAUCAAUCUUGUUAAUCUUUUUAAAAGGUGUACUUUUGGUUUUAUUGAUCUCUAUUGUUUUGUUUUUCAUUGCAUUGAUUUCUACUCUAAUUUCUCAUUUCCACUGUUUCUUUUUUUCUGAUUGAUUUUGGUUUAGUUUGCUCUUCACAUUUUGUUUCUUAGGGUGAAAUCUUAAUUUAUUGAUUUGAGACCUUCAUUCUUUUCUGACAUAGUUUUCAAAGCUACAGAUCUCUCUCUAAGCACUGCUUUAACUGCAUUCCAAAAAUAUUGACGUUUUUUAAAUUUAAUUAAAAAUGUUUUAGUUUUCCUUUGAUUUGUUCUUUGACCAUGGAUUAUCUAGAAGUUUGUUGUUUAAUUUAAACAUUUGAAGAUUUUUCAAACUUUUUUAUGUUGAAGAUUUCUAAUAUAAUUCCAUUGUUUUUGGUGAGCACAUGUAUGAUUUCAAUCCUUAUAAUUUAUUUGGACUUCUUUUAUGACUUAGCAUAUGACAUAUCCUAGAGAAUGUUCUCAUGUGCUGAAAAUAAUGUGUGUUCUGCUGGUUUGGGGUACAGUAUUCUAUAAAUGUCAGUUAGGGCAAGUUGAUUGAUAUGCUGUUCAGGUCUUCUAUAUCAUUAGUGAUUUUCUAUUAGUUGUUCUGUCAGUUAUUUGGAAUAGGGUAUUGAUAUCUCCACCUACCUCCAGAGAUGAAUGUUGAAUUGUCUGUUUCUCCUUUUGAUUAUUUCAGUUUCGCUUCAUGUAUUUUAGGGUUCUGUUGUUAGAUGUGUAUGGAUUUAUAAUUGCUGUGUCUUCCUGAUUGUAUAAAGCAAUAAUUAUAACACUGCACUAUUGGACUUCUGAAUGUUUAUAUAUGGGUUUGGGGGUAGGAAGGGUAUAGCUUCUUUUCCUGAAUAUUCACUCAAAUGCCACACUUCUCUGCCAGUUCUUCCCUUAUAUUAAUUGGGAGGCUGGGAGUGGGUUAGGAAGACUGGAACGAGACCUUUCAGUGAACUUUGAAUAUUUUGUGCCAUCAUCUUAGGCCUUAGCUGAAAGUCCAGGAUUAGAGAAGAUAAUGCCUGUACUGAGCACUUAUUAUGUGCCUUGCGUGGUGCUGAGAGCUUUACAGGCACAAUUUUCUCUGAUCCUCAGAACAAGGCUAUGAAAUUGUUACUAUUACCUCCAUUUUAUGGUUGAGAAAAUAAAGUAGGUUGGCCAAAGUCACUCAUUUAUUAAAUAGUGGAGCCAAAAUUCUGACCUAGUCAGUAUUUUUAACCACUAAUGCUAAUUUUUCCCACAUUGUGGCAUUUAGCUGUUGGUACGUCUUUGUGAUGCUACUGAGAGUUCCCAUCUUCAGCCACAUCUUCAUAGCUAUUGAUGAGAAAUGGGAGUGUGCUGCUAGACAGAAGCCAUUCUCAACCAGAAGUCUCGUUUUCCACCUGGAGUCUUUUUAACCCUAGGAUUCUAUGAUUCACCCAAAAAUAGUAAGUACAGUUUUGUAGAGGUUAAUAUGAGUCCUUGGUUGGUGCAAAUGGUUAACACACUUGACUGCAAACAGAAGGGUUGGUGGUUUGAGUCCACCCAGAGGCACCUUGGAAGAAACACCUGGCCUUCUACUUCCUGAAAAAUCAGCUGUUGAAAACCCAGUGAAGCACAGUUGUAUUCUGACACACAAGGGAGUCACCAUGAGUUGGAAUUGACUCCAUGGCAAUUGGUUUUAAGAGGUUAAUAAAGCACUCAUUGACUUACUGCCAUCUUUAUUGGAGGUCUGUUUCUAUGGCUCUUCUGUUAGGGAAUGACUUAGGGAAAGAGGCUUUGGGAAGUAAUUUCCCCACAUGAAAUUGAAUUAGUUUUCUUCGGCCCUAGAAUUGUAGUCAAGGUUUCUUUUAGCAAAUGGCACCCAGCUUUUCUCACCCUGGUUUUCCAAAGACGCUUGGAGGCUUUGUUUGAACACAGGCAAUAGUACUGGGUGGCAGAUGUUUGCAAACACUGGUGGUUUAAUGGUUUAGGCACUUAAAAUAUAUUUUUCUCCUAAGCAGUGGAAAACACAUACUUCAUCAGCUUUAAAACAGAAUGCAACUUUGGAGGGCCAUUCUGGCUGUCUUUUCUCCUUGUGCAUUGGUCCAGAUGGAUUGAAUGAACAAAAAGAAGGGAAAGGGGAAGCUGUUGGCAGUUACCCUCAGCUUUGCCUCUUUAUAGCAGCAGCAAUAUAAAAAUGAGUACCUUUUCCAAUCUCUCUCCCCCCCGCAAAAAAAAGAAAACUACAACCAACUGGGAAGUGCUCACAGCUAUCAAGCUGAAGAGACAGUGAAGGAGGGUUACAUGGUGUCAGCCUCCCUGGUAACACGUCCUACAGCAUCUGCAGUUAGUGUCUAAAUUCGGGGAAUUUCACAGGGACCUGGCAGUGCCUCCUUGGCUGGCACAAAUGCUAACGGAAGAUUUAACAUGGGCCCAGUAAGAGUGCCAAGCGUGGCCUUUUUCACUCUUUGCAAGGUGAGUUCAGUCUCUGACACAUUCUGCAGAGCCCCUGACAGUUGCACCUUCAAUGGACAUGGUCCAUGUGUGGCAAGUUGGUCUGGGUUUCAGACGCAUGGCCAGUCCUAGGUGAGGCCCACAGUGGGAAAUAAGACUUCCAGAGCCGCCAUCAAUGAUGUAGCCACAGACGACUCCUGCUCUUCAGUUAACAUAUGAACCUGUAUUUGCAGGGGAUUUGAGGGGGGAAAAAAAAAAGCGUUAGGAAGCAACAUGAGGGAGACUUCUACGGCAGCUGUUCUAAAGAGGAUGGAUGAAAAAUACAGAUGAACUUGCAGCGUAAGAAAAGAUCACAACUUUGGCUUCUAGUAAAACAUUACACUAAUAAUUAGAGGAGACAAAACCACAGCCCCUGGGAGAAAAAGUACUCAAGUCACUUCCAACCCAGACACCAAGAUUCUGGAAACAGCUAGUAGUGCAAGAUAAACAAGACAGCUUCCUCAGAAAGACACAGUAUUCAGUGUUCUCUUAUUAAAUGCUUCACUUUAAAGCAUUCAUCUUAUCUCCAACUGAUUACAAUAAAAGGACAGUCUUUUGUUUUCUCUUUUUUUUUUUU